ACUACGACUACACCAACUACAACUACACCAACUACAACUACACCAACUACAACUACUACAACUACUUCAACUACAACAACACCAACUACGACUACACCAACUACGACUAUACAAACUACAACUACACCAACUAUAACUACACCAACUAUAACUACACGAACUACGACUACACCAACUACAACUACACCAACUACAACUACACCAACUACAACUACUACAACUACUUCAACUACAACAACACCAACUACAACUACACCAACUAUAACUACACCAACUACAACUACACCAACUACAACUACACCAACUACAACUACACCAACUACAACUACACCAACUACAACUACUACAACUACUUCAACUACAACAACACCAACUACGACUACACCAACUACAACUACUACAACUACUUCAACUACGACGACACCAACUAUUACUACACCAACUACGACUACACCAACUACAACUACACCAACUACAACUACUCCAACUACACCUACACCAACUAAAACUACUUCAACUACGACGACACCAACUACGACUACACCAACUACGACUACACCAACUACGACGACACCAACUACAACUACACCAACUACAACUACACCAACUAUAACUACACCAACUACAACAACACCAACUACGACGACACCAACUACAACUACACCAACUUCAACUACACCAACUACAACUACUACAACUACUUCAACUACAACAACACCAACUACGACUACACCAACUACAACUACUACAACUACUUCAACUACGACGACACCAACUAUUACUACACCAACUACGACUACACCAACUACAACUACACCAACUACAACUACACCAACUACGACUACACCAACUACAACUACACCAACUACAACUACACCAACGACGACUACACCAACUAUGACUACACCAACUACAACUACACCAACUACGACAACACCAACUACGACUCCAACUACGACGUCACCAACUACAACUAUACCAACUACGACUACACCAGCUACGACUACUAAAACUACAACUACAACUACACCAACUACAACUACACCAACUACGACUACACCAAACACGACUACAACUUCACAAACUACGACUACAACUUCAAGAUCUUCAACUACCACUAAACCUGCUACAUCCUCAGCAACUGUUUCACGUAGAAGGAUCAGGGUUACAGUGAUCUUCCUUCUACUUUUGUUUCGAAUGUCGAUUUAA